AUGUUUGCUCAACUCUUCCGGACGACCACCAUCCGUGCCACUCCUGUGGCUUCGGCAAAGGCGGCCUUUCCUCAGGCCCGGUUUCUGGCCACCGUCGACCGCCGCUUUGUCUCUACCCGGCGCUUCGAGCCAGCCACCUUCACGAUCCGAAAUGGUCCUGUAUUCCAUGGCAAAUCCUUCGGUGCCAACAUGAACAUUUCUGGCGAAGCUGUUUUCACCACUUCAUUAGUCGGAUACCCCGAAUCCCUGACUGACCCUUCCUACCGUGGCCAAAUCUUGGUCUUUACCCAGCCAUUGAUCGGCAACUAUGGUGUACCCUCAGCAGAGAAAGACCCAAAUGGCUUGUUGAAGUAUUUUGAAUCUCCCAACUUGCAGGCUGCUGGCGUUGUCGUCGCCGAUGUCGCUGAACAGUACAGUCACUGGACUGCCGUUGAGAGCUUGGGUGAGUGGUGCGCUCGCGAAGGCGUUCCCGCCAUUUCGGGAGUUGAUACCCGUGCCAUCGUAACUUUCCUGCGUGAGCAAGGUUCUUCUCUUGCUCGUAUCACAGUUGGUGAAGAGUAUGACGCCGACGAAGACGAGGCCUUUGUCGAUCCUGAACAGAUCAACCUGGUCCGUCAGGUCAGCACCAAGGCCCCGUUCCACGUCAGUGCUGCCAACCCUGAAUGCCAUGUUGCUUUGAUCGACUGCGGUGUCAAGGAGAACAUCCUCCGUAGCCUUGUGGGUCGUGGUGCCAGUGUCACUGUCUUCCCGUUCGAUUACCCCAUCCACAAAGUCGCCCACCACUUUGACGGAGUUUUCAUCUCUAAUGGACCCGGUGACCCAACCCACUGCCAAGAUACCGUCUAUUAUCUGCGCAAGCUGAUGGAGACCUCGCAAGUGCCCAUUAUGGGUAUCUGCUUGGGCCAUCAAUUACUCGCUCUGGCCGCGGGUGCUCGCACUAUCAAGCUUAAGUACGGUAACCGUGCUCACAACAUUCCUGCGCUGGACCUCACCACAGGCCGCUGCCACAUCACCAGUCAGAACCACGGCUAUGCUGUUGACGCUUCCACUUUGUCUAGCGACUGGAAGCCUUACUUUGUGAACCUGAACGACUCCAGCAACGAGGGUAUGAUCCACAAAUCUCGCCCCAUCUUCAGCACCCAAUUCCACCCUGAAGCCAAGGGAGGCCCAUUGGAUUCUUCUUACCUGUUCGACAUCUACCUUGACAGUGUGUCCAAGUACAAGAAGAACCAGAGCGUUUUCCAGCCCAUGCGCGAGAGCCGCCCAAGCCCCUUGUUGGUUGACCUUCUUCCCAAGGAACGUGUUGGUGUAACGCCUACAACGGGACAUAUCAACACUCUAUCUGCCCCAGCACCUGUUUCUGAGCAGGCACCUGCUGCUGCCACCGCUGCUGCUUAA